CGGCGCUGGGUCUCGGUUGCCUGUCUCAGUUCAUCAUGCAUCAACCUCCCGCCGAUGACAUUCGGCCCACUCCGGCAGCUGUCACGGCAUAUUCCAGACAUCUGCAGUUCAGCGAGGACAGAGGUGGCCUUUGGUCCUCAGGCAACAGCACGAUUGUCUCCCUUGCUCAGUCGAAUGACGACGGAGAGAUACUCUUCUAUGGCAGAGUAGCGCGUCAUCUCCAGACCGAGAUUGAUAUUGCUUAUGCCGAUAUACCUUUGAUCGUCUGCGGGUUUGUAAGUGGCCUGGUGGACGGACUGUCCUUCAAUGCCUGGGGAAGCUUCUCCAGCAUGCAAACAGGCAACACCGUCUUCAUCGCCCUCGGUGCCUCAAGUCAACCGAGAUACCCAGCAUACCUGUGGGCUAAGUCCCUCAUUGCGCUCUGCACCUUUAUCGCCAGCAACAUCAUCUUCAUCCAGGCGUCGCGCUUCCUCGGUCCACCUCGCCGUCGCUCCUCCCUCAUCCUCUCCUUUGCAGUUCAGUCGAUCUGCCUCUUAGUCGCCGCCCUCCUCGUGGAGCUCAGGAUCGUCUCGCCCCGACCCGAAGACCCGCGUGCGCCGAUCCAAUGGAUGCAGAUUAUCCCCAUCUCGCUCCUGGCCUUUCAAGCGGGCGGGCAGGUCUGUGCCUCGCGCAUCCUGGAGUUCGACGAGAUCCCCACGGUGGUGCUGACCAGUCUGCUGUGCGAUCUCCUGGUGGACCCGAAUCUGCUGGCGCGGAAGAACCCCAAGCGGGACCGUCGGGUCGGGGCGUUCCUGGCCUUGUUCCUGGGUGCCAUGACUGCCGGUGGUCUCUCCAAGGUAGCCAGCUUAGCGAGCAGCCUGUGGUUUGCCUUCGGGUUAAAGGUCAUGAUCACCGGGGCAUGGACGGUGUGGAAGACAGAGGGGAGCGGGAGGGGGGGUAAGGGCGGGGGGAGUAUAGUUUGA